GAAGAGCUUGGAAAAGGUGAGUUUGGGCCGCUGAGAUUUCGGAGUCUGCGUUAGGCCGCGCUGGAGGAUUUAGUCAUGUUUGCACCCGCGAUGAAAUGCGCGUUGCGCAAGAACAAGACCCUUCGCUACGGAGUCCCCAUGUUGUUGCUGAUUGUUGGAGGUUCUUUUGGUCUUCGUGAGUUUUCACAAAUCCGAUAUGAUGCUGUGAAGAUUAAAAUUGAUCCUGAAUUGGAAAAAAGAUUGAAAGCGAAUAAAAUAUCUUUAGAAUCAGAGUAUGAGAAAAUAAAGGACUCUACUUUUGAUGACUGGAAGAAUAUUCGAGGACCCAGGCCUUGGGAAGAUCCUGACUUCCUCCAAGGACGAAAUCCAGAAAUCCUUAAAACUAAGACAACUUGACUAUGCUGAUUCCUUUUUUUUUUUAUUAAUAAAAAUAAUAUAAACUG